AUGGCCUCGAUAUUGUUGCUCAUGGCCAUGGCAUCAUGUUGGCGAAGGAUUCCUAUGUUUGCUUGGGUAUUUCCCAGUCAGAAGCAAGAAGCGUCCAUGACACGCAGUGGCCGCAGAGCCCAAGCUGUUCUGGAAGAUGUGGACACAGGCCAAGCGGGCGACGGCUCACAGGGCUCCGGCUCGCUGCCUCGAUUCCAAGCCAGGGAGGUGGGCAGUGCUGAGCAGCUGAUGCUCAGCCGGAUGCCCGAAGGGCAUAUGAUCACAACCCACGCGUCCUUGGCGCUACUGGAAGGUGUUGCAGACGAGGCGCGCCUCGAGAAGGCUCUGCAUUGGGCCAUCAUUCGACACCCCAUGUUGCGCGCAGCGGCACUAGAGCCAAGUGUCCGGGCGAAGGACACAGGCCCAUUUUUUCAUGGAGGCCAGGAUGGAAGGUGGAUGUGGACUCCCACGAAUCUCACAAAGGAGGAGAUCGUAGAACGGGCAUUAACGAUUGAAGAUGUCUCGGGUGACUUUGACGCCAAGUGCAAAGAAUACUUUGAGCAGUCAUUGGACCGAAGCAGCUUCAACUUCAACGAGGGGCCGCUAUGGAAAUUGCACCUUCUGCGUCAGUCUGGUUUUCGUGGCCCGGCGGGUGGCAGAAGUGCUUUCCUCUUCAGUUUUGUGCACUCCACAGAUGAUCAGAAGAGCGCCAAUAUCUUCUUGCAUGACUUGCUGUCCCACAUGGAGGAAGAAGGUGAUUUGAAGGAUCCAGAGCCUGCGGAAUUGCCGGCCUCUUUGGAGGAAGUCUUCUUGAAAGAUGACCUCGACGUCCAGAAACUUGCUGAGUACGCGUUGUCGCAGGCAAAAGCUGGUGCGGUUCCCUUCAUGAAGAUUCCUUCUGCCUUACGUUCAGCAGAGAGGACAGUCCGAAAGAACUUCGCGCUGAAUCCGAAUCAGCCGGUUGCACAGGAGCGACCCCAGACUGUGCCAACGGAACCCGCAAGCGGAGACGCGAAGUUGUUGAUGUCAGAGGCACUGUCGCCCAAGUCGGACUUUUGGUCCUCUCGCAGAAAAAAUUUGGUCAGCUUUCGCUCGCUCCCUGAAGAGCAAGUGAGCAUGUUGCGGCAGAAAUGCAGAGAGAACAACGUCACAAUGUCCAUGGCCAUUGCCACAGCAGCCCUGCUGGCAGCCAGCGACAUUGCGAAUGACGACUUAGAUUUUGCAUACGAAGCCUAUCGCUUGCUCAUGGGCGUUGACAUGAGGCGCUUCGCUCCUCAGGGUGACUGGACCAAAGACACCAUGGCAUAUGCUUCUGGUGCACUGGACUUCAGCUUGCGACUGCUGCCCAAAAGUGGUGCUGCUUUUGCAGCAGAAGGUGCCAAUGAAUCUUUGAGAACCCGCAUCGGAGGUGUUCCAUUCUGGGACUUGGCACGAGCUUCAGCUCAUGCUGUACGUUUGUGGAUAGAGAAAGGCUAUGCUGCAGAGUCGACGCGGCUCUUUGACAUUGGUGUUCGACUGCUGCGGAUGGACACCAUCAUCCGUGAAACUGCCAAUGAUCCCAGCACGAUUGGCCGAGCAUAUUCCGUCACCGUGUCCAAUGCUGGGCUCUAUGGCCUUGGGCCCAAAGAUGGCCGCUAUGGCCAGUUGAGACUGCAGAAAAUCUACUUUGGAAUCUCUGCAGCGAUCAGUGGAUCGUUGGUCUCAGCUUCAUGCUUAACGGUGAAUGGCGAUUUGCUGGUGACUGCGGUGAGUGCCGCCCCCUUGGUGAACCGAUCGCAUCUGGAGACCUUUUCUGAUUCGAUGAUUGGAUCUUUGACCAUCGCUGCAAUGCAGAAGAAGCCCUUGUCAAGGAAGGGAACGCCACUCGUGGAGAAUCCACUUGAUCCCAGGGGUGGUCUGCCUUGGUACUACUUGCUGGAGACACCGAAAGGUACCCUACAAUGUCCAGAAUACGAGGAGCUAAAAAGCUAUUCGAUGCCAGCAUUUGAUGUCGACAAGUACGUCGGAGUUUGGUAUGAAUUGGCCUUCCACGACAUUACGCAAUGUAACGGCUGCGGCUGCACCCAAUUCAACAUGACACGGCAUGGCAACGUCAUUGAGGACAUGUUUACGGUCACAUGCCCAUGGCCAUGGACGAAGGGGGUUGAUGGGCCAUGGCUGCCGGGAUACAAUGUGAAUGGCAACAGACGCAUGAACAUGUGGACAUGUAACAUGACCAUGUACUACAAGCCGCAGAACCCCGGUGUGAUGUUGGAGACAGGCUUCGGUCAGGAGUUCGACAACAUGGUCCUGGAAAUCUGGAGCGAUCCUGAAAUUACCGCGCAAACUGGCUAUGAGUACACCCGAUCCAUUCAGUUCCAAUGCCUAGGUUCCGAGAGAGAUGGGAUUACCUUCACAGGAAUCAACUUUCUCUCCCGGGUUCCCAUUGUUGAGCCCGCUAAGCAGGAUGCAGAUAUCCGCAAAGCACUGACAAGUCUUGGAUGGGAGACAGGCCAGAAUGGCCCUUCCCUGUUGUUGCCGGUGAUUUUGGUGCUCAGCUUUAAAACGGAGACCGACACCCCAGACUCAUCGUUGCUUGACGCUGGAAAAGAGAUGGCUCUACGCAUCUUGCUGGCCAGUGAAAAGCAGGUGAGCGACGACUUGGAUCCACCACUUCGUUCUGGGCUGGCCCCACCUCGGCCACCACCGUCCGUCAUCUUGUCGUCUCUCUUUGAUCAAGGAGUCCGAAGCAAGUUCCAUGGCGAAAUCAAGAGCUUCAGCGAAGCCAAAGGCUACGGCUUUAUCAGUUGUGAAAAGGUGUGGAAUCUGCUACGGUGUGACGUUCACUUCUCCUUGAGCGAGGUCUAUGAUGUGGAUCCACAGCAGAUCUCCGAGAAGGUGCGGGUAGGGUCGAAAUGCACCUUUUGGUGCAACCUUGAUCGCAGCGGACGGCCCCAGGCCAAGGUGGUUCGGAUCACCGAGGUGGCAGAAAGGCCGCCAGAAAACAAGACCCUGACCGAGACGGAUCAAGUAAAGUACGAGGGCCGUAUCAAGUCAUUCAAAGAAGACACAGGGUAUGGCUUCAUCAGCUGUGAUGAGACGUUCAAAAAGUUCAAUCGGGACGUCUUCCUCCAUCACAAGCAGCUUGCCAACUGCAAAGCCAAGGUUGGAGAUUUGGUCCGGUUCAAGAUCUUCGAGUCCAAGGGGCAGCCCAAAG